AUGAUCGGCAAAUGGGUGAUGGUAGGCCAGAUUCAAAGAGGAGAAUCGAUUUUAAUCCACGCUGGUUCUGGUGGUGUUGGUCAAGCUGCUAUCAACGUUGCUCUUUCCUUCGGUUGCGAAGUGUUCACCACCGUUGGUAAUGAGGAGAAACGACUCUUCAUCAAGAAACUUUACCCACAGCUUAAAGGUAAUCAUAUUGGGAAUUCUCGCGACACAUCCUUUGAAGACAUGAUAAUAAAAGAAACGAAUGGGAAGGGAGUGGAUUUGGUUCUUAAUUCUCUUUCAGAUGAGAGAUUACAGACCUCAAUACGCUGUCUUGGCUAGCGCGGCCGCUUCCUUAGAAUUGGAAAGUUCGACAUCAACAACAACGAACCCAUUGGCAUUCACUACUUCCACAACGAGACCUCCUUCCACGGAAUAAUGUUGGACUACGUCCUCAACCAAGGCUUUGAAUUUAGAAAGAAUCUCCGAGAUCUGCUACUAUCUGGUAUCCAAAGUGGCAUUGUCCGUCCGCUGACGCACUGCACCUUCGUUUCUACCUUUUUAAAAGUAGUAGAUACUUUCGUAAUCAAGACUCCCUACGGUUUCUCCAACUCCGUGAUAGAGAGGAUCUGCGAGUCAAGAAAGAAGCUCGGCCUCCCCGCACUCGCCGUGCAGUGGGGUACCAUCGGAGACGUGGGUCUGGUAGCGAACAUGCAUGAUGACGAAGAAGUCCAAUUGGAAUUCUGUGGAACUUUCCAACAGAGCAUUUCCUCCUGCCUGCAAGCUCUCGAUAAAUUCUUAAAACAGGAUGAAGUGGUAGUGUCCUCGAUAGCUGUGGCUAAAAAGAAGACAGGAAGCUAUGGAUAUGGAGGCAUUGUCGAUUCAGUUGCACAAAUUCUUGGUAUUAAGGACCUAAAGAAAGUAUCUCAUCAAGUGUCUCUCCCUGAUCUGGGUAUGGACAGUAUGAUGGCGGUAGAGAUCAAACAGACCUUACAGCGGGAAUUUGAAAUAGUCCUGUCAGCCUACAACAGAAUUGUUAUGAUAUUUUCAAUAUGUAAACAAUAUAAUAUGAUCUCCAAAAAUCCUAUGUUGAGAGGAUUAGCAGCUCAAAAAGAAGCGAAAGCAUCUACAUCAGUGUCAGCACAUAUAGCGCGUUCUGAAGAUGGGGCUGGUCUCCGAGUCCUCAUGAAAUGCUUUGGUGAAGAUAACUUGGCUUUAAAACCUUUUAUAUACUUGCCAUCUAUGGUUAGCCACUCGGAGCCAUUGACCGACUCAUCAAUUCACCAAAAGGAGUCGAUAAAGUUCAUACUGCCCGGCUUAGAAGGCUAUGCCGCGGGAAUGGCGCCUUUAUGUUCUAAGCUCAAGAUAAAAACUUGUGUCCUGCAGUUUGGCAAUGCAGAAAAUCAGGAAAACUUAAACUCUUUAGUCAAUAGGUUACAUAAGACGAUAAAAUCUAUAUUAACUCCUGGAAGUCCAUUCAUACUUCUUGGAUACAGCUUUGGUACUUUACCCACGUUGAAACUGGCGAGCAUUUUGGAAAGUGAAGGUCACGAUGGUACGAUAAUUUGCUUAGACGGCAGUCCGGAUUACCUCUACCGGAUGCUUACCUCGUCGAUUUCCGUCAAAAGCGACAUUCAGUUACAAAACAACCUGAUUAAGCAUCUCAUUGACAUAAUUGCACCAAAAAAUAAAGACAGCGACACGCUCACGGAGAAACUGAAAAAUAUCGAAUCUUAUGAUGAGAGGAUCACAUACUCUUUGAAAGCAUCUCCUCCUCAGCAGAAAUAUUCUGAUAAUUUCAUAAAAUCAAUUGGGAAAUCGAGUUUUGACCGUCUCAAAAUGAUCCUCAAUCAACCAGAGUUAAAAAAGAUCAAGGCUCCUAUAACUCUAUUGCGUCCGAAAGAAAAUCUACCAUACUUGGUGAUCGAAGAGAACUAUGGUCUGGAUAAAUUCUCAGAAGGUCCUGUGACGGUUCAUCUCUUCGAAUGUAACCAUGCCAGUAUAAUUGGGAAUAAUUAUUGUGUGAAUAUUAUCAAUAAAGUGUUAGCUGCACAAGAUCGAGGAAAUAUUGACAUGGUUGCUAUAACAAGUAGAAUUGAGAAACAAUUGUCAAUGGGAAUUUAACAAUUAUUUAUAUUAUAAAUCAUUUUAUAUAGUUAAUUUGUUCUUUAUUUGAAAUGCAACCAUCUGUUACUAU